UUCCUUUUUGGUGCUUCAAGCCAUCCCUAUACCCCCCUUUCAUUUUGAAGAAAUGAUUUUUCCACUUGUAUACAGUUGGACUGAUGCGUACAUGCACUCUUUUGUAGCAAUUAAGCUUUGUUAGCUGUUUAUAGUGCUGCCAUUCCAAUGCCCAUAUAUAGCAGUGAAUGCUUCCAAGAAAUGGGGGUUUUUCCACAACGCAAUUCUUCGAACAUUUGUGGUAAGUUUUGAUGCGCAUCGCUGAAAUUUCACACUCGCUUUCACUCGCCACUGGUGUAUUUGUCGUUCAAGUAUAAUGGACAGUGUGGCUCUGUUGGGGCUCUUUGUACUACAUCUCGUUUGGCCUAAUAUAAAUGCCGUGGAAACGUAACAGGUUACAGCAAAGGCAUUCUGUCUGCAGCUACUAUAUUCGAUACUGCAGCAGUACAAACACUAACGUCUUCUGGAAUAACUCCUCUCAUCACACCAAUCAUUGCAGGUGACUAUUGGGCUACCUCAAAGAAUGUCAUGCCGCAAACACUCCCCUACUCUCCAUCUUCUACCAUAGCCCCUUUUCCAAUCACGACAUCAGUCAACAUGUGUGGCAAUAACGCAGGAGUGGACAGUAAUGGCACAACAGACAGUAACAUCGACACCACAGUCAUCAUCAUUAUGGCUAGUCUGCUCUUCCUGCUCAUUGUGGCUAAUCUCGGGGCACUUGUUGUGUGUCUGACUAAGCGAAGAAAGAAAAAGAAAAACAUUGCUGUUCUAAUGGAAGGCUCCAACAACACAACAGCACCCAGAAGCACUCAUAAUGAUGAAGCGAUGUUUGAGAUACUGUCGACUAAUGAGGCGUACAUAUCACGAGGUAUUACAGUGAGAGACAACCCAGCUUACUGGAAGCCACAGGGGAGACCUCGCAUGACGAAAAGAUCUCUGAGUUGGAGUGGAAGCUAUGCUUAUGUCCGUCGGUUUAGCUAACAGACUAGCACAUGACUUAUAUACAAUCUACUGUUGUCAUUUUGUAAUAUUACAGACGUAAAAUGUCUAGUAAUGUAUAGUCAUUAUGAGGUUAAAGAAGUGAUCUAGUUUAGAACACACUUUUAAAGUUGACAGUUCUCUUGUGUGUGCACAAAAAUGA